GUAGCCUUGGGCUGUAGCCAGAUAUACUCACAGAUAGCUUCAGAGAACCGCAGGGCCUUUUUCCUGUAUGUUGUGUAUGUUUUCUAUAUUUGUUUAAUUGUAUUUUUCACAAGGCCGUUAAUGUCAAUAUCAAUGCGUGGGUUUGUGUGUCCGUGUACGUCUCAGUGAAUGGUUUGCACCGGUGAGUGUCUCUCCUGGAAUACCACUAUUUCACCGUCAUGAAUAUUUACCAGGUGGGGUUCACGUGACUAAGUGUUGCAGGGAAUUCACGGCUGGGAACAUGUUUGAUUCUAACCCCUGGGAGAAUAUGCUUCGGGACAGUAUGCGAGAGCAGGAAGCGAAGAGAGAAACCACCACGGAGCAAAUGUGCUUUGUUUUGCUGCAGUUACAACAAAGUGGGGAUUUUAAUUAGGAGUGGGUCAUAAAAUCAUUUUGGCGGCGAGCAGCAUCCCCGAGGACUCCGUCUGACCGUCGAGCCGCCGGAGAGACCCGCAACUCGCCGGACUGCGAGAGCAGACCCCGCCCUCCGCACCCGCUCCUCCUGUCCGACCUCUCGCUGAAGGCGAUGACAACAAUGUGACCACUGGGCUCGGUCAGCUCCGCGUGACCUGCUAUUAUGGAUCUGAGAAUCAGCAUACACUGAACCAACACUCGUCCAGUCACAAUGGUCCCACUUCUGUUCUUGGUGGCAACCACAACAACUUCCAAUUCCACCGGCAACGGCAACCACACACAGGAAGGCGUCACAACCUCCAGCCAUCACAUCCUCCCCACCGUGUUGGUCUUCUCCCUGCUGCUGCUCAUCAUCGCAUUGCUGGCCUGGUACUUCCUCAGGUUAAAAAACCAGAAGAAACCAGUUGUCACAACAGUCGACAAGAAGGUACCAAAUGGCAUCCUGGAGGAACAAGAGCAACAGACGGCGGUCCUCCUGCCCGGGUCGCCCUCCGCCACCAAGACCUUCUUCCCCAUCUCAGUGGACCAACUCGAAGAGGAGUACAGGCUCCGCUCCGCCGACGACGGCAAGCUCUUCAGGGAGGAGUACAACUCUCUGCCAGGAGGUAAUGCCCACGGAACGUACGAGGAGGCCAACAAGGACGACAACAAGGACAAGAACCGAUACCCCAACAUCCUUCCUUAUGAUCAUUCCAGAGUGGCGCUGACUCAGCUGGACGCAAAUCCCUGUUCAGACUACGUGAACGCCUCUUACAUCGACGGUUACACGGAAAAGAAGAAAUUCAUUGCAGCACAAGGUCCUAAAGAAGACACUGUGGCCGAUUUCUGGAGAAUGAUUUGGGAGCAGAAAGUAGCAACUGUCGUCAUGCUGACAAAUCUGAAGGAAAGGAAAGAAGACAAGUGCUGUCAGUACUGGCCAGAUCAGGGCUGUUGGACAUACGGGAACGUGAGGGUGGCAGUGGAAGACUUCACCGUCCUGGUCGAUUACACCAUACGCAAGUUCUGCGUCCAAUACCAAGCCAGCGAUGCCGCCAAGGCCCCCCGUCUGGUGACCCAGCUCCACUUUACCAGCUGGCCCGAUUUUGGAGUUCCCUUCUCCCCCAUCGGCAUGCUCAAGUUCCUCAAAAAGGUCAAGGCUGUGAAUCCGCCGUGCGCCGGGCCCAUCGUGGUUCACUGCAGCGCCGGCGUCGGGAGGACGGGAACCUUCAUCGUCAUAGACGGCGCGAUCGACGCGAUGCACGCCGAGCAGAAGGUGGACGUGUUUGGGUUCGUCUCCAAGAUACGGGAACAGCGUUCGCAGCUCAUCCAGACAGACACGCAGUACUCGUUCAUCUACCGGGCCCUGCUGGAAUACUACCUCUACGGAGACACGGAGCUGGACGUGUCUUCUCUGGAAGGACAUCUGCACAAACUCCACAACACCUUUGCCAACGGCGACCGGGUCGGCCUAGAGGAAGAGUUUAAGAAACUCACCAACAUGCGCAUCUUGAAGGAGAACAUGAGGACCGGGAACCUUCCCGCAAACAUGAAGAAGAACAGAGUCCUGCAGAUCAUUCCGUACGACUUCAACAGAGUCAUUCUCUCCAUGAGAAGGGGCCAGGAGUUCACCGACUACAUCAACGCGUCCUUCAUAGACGGUUACAGGCAGAAGGACUACUUUAUCGCCACGCAGGGCCCCCUGCCGCACACUGUCGAGGACUUCUGGAGAAUGGUGUGGGAGUGGAAGUGUCACUCGGUCGUCAUGCUCACCGAGCUCCAGGAGAGGGAGCAGGACAAGUGCUGCCAGUACUGGCCCGCGGAAGACUCCGUCACCUACGGAGAUUACACAGUGGAGCUGAAGGGAGACACUCUGUGCGAAGCCUUCAGUCUACGAGACUUGGUACUCACCUACGUCCCCGACAAGCAGACGAGGGUGAUCAGACACUUCCACUUCCACGGCUGGCCGGAGAUCGGCAUCCCGGCUGAGGGGAAGGGCAUGAUCGACAUCAUCGCUUCGGUUCAGAGACAGCAGCAGCAGUCUGGGAACCAUCCCAUCGUCGUACACUGCAGCGCCGGUGCGGGGCGCACGGGUACGUUCGUUGCACUGAGCAAUAUCUUGGAGCGAGUCAAGGCGGAAGGUCUGUUGGACGUGUUCCAAACUGUCAAGAGUUUACGCAUGCAGAGGCCUCACAUGGUCCAGACGGUGGAACAAUACGACUUCUGCUACAGGGUGGUACAAGACUUUGUGGACAUUUUCUCAGACUACGCCAAUUUUAAAUGACGACAUUUGGCUUUAACGCGGUUCCUAAUGUUCUUUUCUAAAGCUGGUUUGUCUUUCUUGGUCAAAUGAUCUUCUAUUUUGCUAUGCACUUGUCCCGCAAUUAACUCCAAUUCCUCCAUCCUCGCUGUAAUAUGAAAAAUGUAAAUGAAAAAAAGGUUGGAUUGAUUAAUAAUGUAGAUUUCACAUCGUGUAAAUUAAUUAUUUUGCCGUUACGUCUUUUAAACAUGCUCUCUUACUUCACUUUUGUUGGAUAAUAUAUUUUACUUAAAGAAUUGUACUUACUGUAAAUGUAUUUAUGUAUUGACAAUGACAUUCCAGUCUUUCACGUUUGGAGAGCACAACGGGACUGUUAACGAAUUUCCACUGUCGCGACAACGUGGCGCUUUUCCAGUGGACAUGUCGGAAACAGGAAACAGAGCUACGCGCCACUGGCCGAGACGACGGCGGAGCUCCACGUGUCGCUGGGUCGCGAGAGGCCAUUCGUCUGGGUCCGCGCAAUGUGGCGUGCGGCCGCAUUUGACGUGGAUGGAAAAUUCCAACGGCCUGCCUUUUUUCUCUGUGGACGACAAAGUAUUUUGCUAAAACGACUGCACGACACAAAGCACGCGACUAAGCCUUUUGCCAAGAACAUGCAAUAUGUAGUGCUUUAUUUAUAUUAGAGGUGAGAGGUAUUUCACCAAUCGUUGCCAAUAUCGCAUACGCGGACAAUUCCAGCGGGAGGUAAGUGGUCGUUCAAUGCAAGACAGCGGGAAAUCCACCCCGUACUAACAGUGUUUGUUUGAAUGUCACACAGCUUAUCUGUGCAUUUCAGUUCAGGCAGUAAGCCCCGUUUCAUCUGGUACUUGGACACUAAACCGCACGUUUGGAAUAUUCUGACCCAGGUCCGCUUUAAUCCUCGGUGAAAUGUGUCGUUUCGUCUACGACGGACGUGCCAACGUUGUUGAGCGGCGAUCUGUCUGUGGGAGACGUGCCGUGGAGCAAAAGAAGAAAACUGAAUUUAAACGACCCAAGUCUUCUUUCCUUGAGCUUCUCUUCCGUCCUCUGAGAACAUAAGAGAGUGUCCGUCGCGACUGUGGCUCUUUGCUCUUUCUCUGUGGGUGUCCCGUCUCCUUUUUGGAUUGGCAAUGUCUUUGAAAUGCGAGUUGCAAUAUUAAAUUCAUCUAAAAAUGC